AUUAGUGAAAAUCUUAGGAUUGGCUACUUGUAGAUUUAUACAAUGCGACUAUACGAGAAAGCGGUUGGCAAAUAAUUACAUAUUAACCCGUUUAUUUUUAAAUGAGUAUAAUAACAACAAGCUUUAAAUAAAUAUGGAAAAUCGUGGCUCAUAUCCGCCUGUCCAGACGGGUGGACAACCAACUUAUGGUGCAAUAGGAACUCAGCCCACUCCCGCUGCGAUCCAUGUAGAAGACCCUGUCCCAGCCACUGGUUUCGGCUACAGUCCGCAACCUCCCCAGCAAACUAUACCGCCGACGGAAGGUUGGUUCGCACGCAACCAAGCCAAUAAGCCGCAAAUGAACUCAGCUGGAGCAGGUAUACAAGUAUACUUUUAAGUAACAGUGUUGAUAGGAGCGAAAAUUUGUCUUCGUCAUUUUAAUUCGAAGGCUUCUCUAAUUCUGAGUGAAAAACGGGAUCUAUAAGUCUGCUAUCAUUUACAGCUUUGCAGAAAUGAAAUGCAUUUACAAUUUGUAUGUGCUGUAAAGUUACGAGCACAUUCUGUUUAUGAAGGCUGGUGUUGUUGCUUUUGGCGCUUAAUUGUCGGUUGUUUUCGUUAAAAAUAAACUGUGUCAGCAUAUUUAUGGAGUUGGAAUACUUGAAGCUCUAUUCGUUUUAGUUACGGGCGGCAUGAACAUCGCUUGGAGCUGUGGCUUUGACAAUGUGCAGAACUUCACAACAGAUACCCAUAUCUUGAUAUGUUGGUAUGUCGCCGCAAUUUUUGGAGCUUCAGUCUCAGCAUUUAUUACUAACCGUGUAUUAAAGAAGCUCAUUUAUAUAUUCUCAGCGUUUUUGAUUUUGAUCGGGGGUAUAUUCUUCGUGACAUUGGCUGAUAAAUACGGUGGGAUUGCUACCGCCCGUUAUUUAAAUGGCUUCGCUGUGGGCCUUGUGUUCGUGCCAAUGAUUGUGCUGAUUGGCGAAGAGGUAAACAGUGAAAGGCGCGGCUUGGGCGCCGGAAUCCUUGAAUCAGGCAGUAUCGCUCUCGGAAUAUUCCUCCAAAUUGUAUUCGCGGCCUCUUUCAGUCAUACCACAUCAUCUUCCAAUAAUUCAUUUGGAACCACGCAACUUCAUGGUGUCAUCGCUAUCAUCUACGCCGUGCUAGCGUUUGUUAUGUCGUACUUCUUUGUAGUCGAAUCACCGGUUCACCAUUUGAUGCAUAAUAACGAGCAUGAGGCUAUCGAUUGCUUGCGACGUUUGCAGCGUCCGUUCGUUGUAACACAGGAAACAUAUCAGCGCUUGGAGGAGCAUAAACGUUACAUUGAAGCCAGCGACCCGAAUGGCGAUAAAGGCAUACCAGCACUAGUAAAGCUUUGCUUACAUCGCGGCCUGGUUGCUCUCUCAUUCUCGCCAACCAUUACUGCAGCACUUUUAUGGGCAUCUACAGUAUAUGCGGAACAAUUCGUCACGUGGCCUUGGCUAAUAUACGGUUUGUUUUUGUGGCUAGGCACCUGCAUAGCAGCCUUCAGCCUGGACUCAGUUGGCCGCAAGAAGACACUUCUUAUCGGCGCACUUUUAAGCGGUAUCUUGGCGAUCGCCAUUGGCGUCAUUUACAAUGACUUCUUCAACUUUUUCUCCUCAUCCAAAAUGGGAGCUGUACUGUAUAUGCUCUUCGUGUUGGGACUGUUUGCGAGCUUCGUUAAUAGCGCGUCCUCAGCAUAUUUGACGGAAGCAUUUCCGCUGCACUUGAAACCCUACUACAUUGCUCUACCCUUCAUCGUGGAGAUGUUCGUAUUACUUAUUAUCAGCGCAUGCACGCCAGAUAAAGACGGCUUGGCUACAUACUUCAUUACAUUUGGUGUUUUUUAUUUGGCGUUCUUCAUUUUAGGCUUCUUCUGUCUACCAGAGACUAAGCAAGUUUCAUUGCAAGAAGCUCAAAGUAAAUUCAGAAACAUUUUCACUAGAUAAGUGUCAUUCGAUCACGGUAUUAUUGCAUUGUGAAUAAAGUACUUGAUUUCGCUGCUUUAAA